GUUUCGGAUCCUGUACAGCACGCGGAUGGCUUGAACAAAUACACAUCGUACCGGGUUGACGUACGCCCCCCAUCCGCAACUCCCGGCGAGGUUCCGCAGGAUGUGCACCUUAUGAACAACACCUACAGUGCCGUCUUGCGUCGGUAUUCGGACUUUUUGUGGUUGUACGAGCGACUCCACCACGAGCGUGCCGGUGCCAUUGUCCCGCCCGUUCCCGACAAGCAACCAGUGGGCCGCUUCUCUCCAGCCUUUGUGGAAGACCGCCGGGUCCAACUCGAACGCUUUUUACGUCGCGUGGCAACGCAUCCAGAAUUGGCCGACUCCACUUGUUUGGAUACCUUUUUGCGGGCGGACGACGUCAUUUUUCAAGCCGCCAAGCACGCCAAAACUGGAACCGUCCUGGCCAGUCAUUCACAGUCCAUGAUGAUGGUGAUGGCACCCAACGCGGUUUCGCCCAACAAGAAGGACGGUUUGAAGCGAUGGUUCGCCGAGGCCAAAACCUCCAUGACGGGUGAUCUAGUGCGCAGUCCGGAUGAUGAUCUGUUCGAAGAAAUUCAGCGCUACAUACACGGAUUGGACAAUCAAAUGAGAAACGUCUCUCAUCAAGCGUCGGGACUGGUACGCAAGGGUAAAGAAAUUGCCAAUGGAAUGUUUGAGUUCGGACUCGCCUUUAAUCUUCUGGGACAGUCGGAAGCGGAUGCUCUGGGCGAUGCCUUGAGUAAAAUGGGCCAAACGGCGGAUCGUCUUUCCGUCUUGUCGGCCGAACACGCCGAAAAGGAAAUGGCACAGUUCGAAGAGCCGCUUCAGGAUUACAUUAAAACAAUCCACGCUGUCAAACUCGCCCUCCAACGACGCCACGAAAAGCGUCUCACCUACAGUACCUGCUGCAGUGAAGUGGACUCCAAGCAAACGAGUCUGUCAAAAUUACGCGCCCAAAUUGGACAAGAAAGCAAGGCCUACACGACGGAAAUGUCAAUGCGCCGGGCACAGGAAGCAGCCGAAGCCGCGCGGGAAGAUUUUGCCGCUACUUCGCAGCGGGUACUACGGGAAGUGGACCGCUUCAAACGCGAAAAAGCGGAAGACAUGCGGCGGACGGUCUUGGACUACAUUGCUUUACAGGUGGACUACAACAAGCGCAUGGAAGAAGUAUGGGCGAAUCUAAUCCCACAACUAGAA